ACCAUGUACAACUUGUUUCAAAGCCAAGCCAAACAGAGAAGUACAAUCUAAUUUUAUUGAUCAUGAUGGACUCACCUCAUGUGCUUGCACAUGUGGGCAUAAGCUCUGCAUGUCCCUUUCUAAGUCUUUCUUCUCCUGAUAACAUUUGUUAACUGACAACGACUCUUUGUCUGGCUAUAGCUCUUCUUUAAGGCUUGCUCUACUCUGUAUCUAUGGCUUUAAAUUGGGGUUACCUAGGUCGUCAUAAACACCAUCAUUUUCAGGAUAUGCCAAGCACAGUCCACGAUGAGCGUGUUCUAGGUUUCUUUCAGUCUCCUACUUCUGCUGCUUAUCAGCACCACAAUCAUAAUCCAUACGCCAUUGUAUCUCCAGCAUCUCUCACUCCUGACUUCGAUCAAUCUCCGUCUUCAUAUUAUCCCCGUGACAGUCCUCCCAAUUUUUCAAGACCCUUGUCGACGACCAUCUUAAAUGACCCUGCAUUCUCUUCCGAUCCUCGCGUUCAUCCACACUUUCCACUCGUUAGCCCUACAUUCUACAAGGAACUCCCGUCUAAAUCUCCUCUUAUGGCCGUUAGCAAUCCCCCUCAGACCACUCCCAGUGACAUCUCACCUCAUCAGGAAGUGCUCUGUCCUAUAGAGGGCCCUGACUUUGUUUCACACUCACCCGGCUCGGAGGAUGCCCACCCGACCUCAAUUGCCUCGACUUCUGUAUCUUUAGAUUCCGACUCUCACACCGCUCUCGCUGCUUUCACGUCGCCUAGUGUAUCAUCCGCUACAUCACAUUCCCACUCGCCGAUUCAUCCCGAGACACCUUGUGUUGUUUCGCCUUUCCCAGCACCUCCGGCCUCGUCUUCGCCGAGUCAUGACUCAGGGUCUUCGCCAGCCAUGUGCCCGCCUACUUCUAAUCGUCCUACCCCAACACGUACUGUUACAGCUCCAGAGCAGCGAGAAAAAGUCGUGAAACCUACCGCAACGCGCUCUGACUCGGCUCCAGUUCAUGCAGAUGGUAGUAACAGGCCUACAGGAAAGCGUCGUAUGAAGAAUUUCAUCCGACGCCUCACAAGCUCCCGUGCCCUCGAUCGAAUUGACGAAAUGGAUGAGACAGAUCCUUUGGGAGCAGGAUGGCGACAUGGUGGUCCUUACGAUGCUAUUGGUAGCAAUCUUGCGCAACUCGGGCCCGCUCACAUGUAUAAUGACAUUGACGUCCUGCGAGGCGAUUUCCAUACUAAAUCUAAGCGUGAGAACGCCUCUCGUCAGGUGCGGACCCAGAAACUCCCUAGAUUACCUCCAAUUGGUCCAGGAGUCAGUCGACCGUCUCUAAAUUUUGUUCCUGGGCAAAUUGUUCCAUCUGAUCUUCGUAAUCUAGGCUCGGGCCAGUUAGAUCCCAGUCACCCCAGAUACCACUCUCCUCUUUACCACCAUCCGCCCGAGGCGCCGCCUUCUCGUUCAUCGUCACGUGCACCCGCCAGCAAGUCUGCUUCUCGGAUCCAUCGCUUUGGUGACGAUAUACCUCACAUACCACAACGGCCAGCUCAUGAUGAGCUCACGCCUUAUCCCCUCCAUCAAAUACAUCCUGCGCCCGGUUUACCGCCGGCUCAUAAUGAACGAUAUCUUGAAACUCGGUCACAAGUUCGCGGAGAUGCAAAUCAGGCAACGCCUAUUUCAUCACCGCCCAUCGUUGAACCACCUGAUGACGGUCAAGCGAUCGACUUGGCAAACCUCCUUCCUCGACAUCGCAGAACUCACUCAUUGGACAGUUCGCUCACGCGCACCCCCACAUCUACGCAAUCUAUAUCUCGCGCUCAAAAUAGCUUACAGCCACCGCGCAAUCAUCACCUUCCAAAACGCCUCGUCAUGCCUACUCCUCUCCAGCCCCUGCAUCCACUACCCCAGCGACAACAACCACGACAACAACAACCCCUGGAUACAUAUGCCCGAGCCGACCCCCACGAUUCUCACCUCGACUUCGACCCUGAUCCCUUCCCACCAACCAAAGGCUACACUCACGAACCGGCAGCAAUGUAUCACCAAGGCCGAAAACUACUCCGGAAGAAAACGGCCGUCUUCCCUGGAAAUAUGCCUUUGCCAACGCAUGUGCCUGGAGCUCAUGCUGACUCAAAUCCUCCAUUGACAAAACAUUUGUCCUUGUCAGCGACCAAUAUUGGGAAGGUCAAGGAUGUAGGUCAUCGGCGAAGGCUGAGCAAACGGAAACAUGAUAUCUAAAUCAUGUCAUAACCCUUCUUCUGGACUUUGCCACGGAGAUGGAGGACGAUCCGUGCAUUUGUC